GUCAGGGGGUGGGGAGAAAGGGUAAUAUGUUAUUAUGUGGGACCUUUUUUCAGGCUAGACUCAUUUCUUACAUAGUCCACAUUCUGCUUAAGAAACUGACUGCAGCCUCAAGAAGAUCUUACUCCAAGGCUGGACUAGCAUGUGCAAAAUUUACCACGGGGGUGUCAGGAAUUUCAAUCUUUGCUUCCAAAACAGACUGGCAGCCCGGGGGCCCAAAGUGGGGAGUGAGCAGGAUCCCACACGCACUUUUAUUUUUUUUAAUUUUUUUUUUGGGUUGAACACCACACUGACAGCAUUACCCUCCUUAUUCAAGAGUCCUCCAUCAUUUUCAGUGGGGUUGUGCAUCUCCCUUUAGCGUGACAUCUCCUGGUAUGUGAAGCUCCACUGUUUCACUAGGUGCAAGCCUCAGACCAGGAUGCCAACAGUCUGUAAGGAAAUGUUGCUUAAUUUUGGGGAGUUCCUUAGUGCCAGUGCUGACAGUGGGAAUGCCUGAGACAAAGUGAACAAGUGCGGCAGGGACAAAGUGCAGGAUUAUGUUGGCUGCAACGAUCACAACAGCACUGAUCUAUUUUGUGGUGCACAGCGCUGGAGCCUCGGCACUGGGUACAGCAUGUUGGGAUGAACGCCUAUCGAGAUCAGGGAGGAACAGCAGCUGUUUGGAAGCUUCCCAGCCUUUCCUGAUAUUCGGCCACGGUAAAGCCAUUCAUCGGAUGGGACUUGAUGGGAAGCACCACAGAAGGCUUGUGACCGGUGUGGGAAGCUCUAUCCUGCUGGACUUUCAUUUCAAAGAGGAGAGAGUUUACUGGGCUGACAAACGCAAUGGGGUCAUCUACAAAGCAUCGGUGAAAGAAAGGCAAAGACAGAAACUUCACUCAUUUGACAAACACAUCUCAGGCCUUGCAGUGGACUGGAUUUGGAAUAAUGUCUAUUGGACAAAUGGAGAAAAAGGAGAAAUAAAGCGAAUGGAUACAAAUGGGAAAAAUCAGGGGACACUUUUGAGACACUUGACUCUGCCAAGUUCUAUAAAUGUUGACCCCAUUAACAGGUUUUUGUUUUGGCUGUCUGGUGGAACAACUCCAAGUAUCCAACGGUCCGAUGUGACAGGACAGAUGAAAAUUACACUAAUUAAAAUAGCAGAACACCUGCAUGCGCUGUCGAUCGACCGAGAGGACAAAAGACUGUUCUGGGUUCAGUUUGGUCUGCAAGGAGAAAGCGCCAUUGGCUCUUGUGACUACAACGGGAAUGUUCUUCACAUCAUGGAUCAGCCACUUCGUCCUCAGUCACUUGGAAUAUCAGUGUUUCUGGAGCGCCUAUACUACAGUGAUGCUGCAUCUCGGGUUAUAAAGACAGUGAACAAGUACACUGGUGGAGAGCCGCUGGAUGUCAACACAAAACAAAUGUCAAAACCUCCUGUUGAUAUCAAGGUGGUACAUCCUCUCAACCAGCCGGUGGCAGACUCCCUAUCACCAUUUCCAGGCUGCGAUGAACAAAGUGGCAACUGUGUAAAUGUGUGCUCCAGUCUAGCAGAGCAAGGGGUUUGCCAGUGCAGUGAAGGCUUCGCUCUCAGUAAGCAUGGCACUUACUGUGAAGAUGUGAAUGAAUGCUCCCAUUGGAACCAUGGCUGCUCUCUUGGUUGUGAAAACAUUCCAGGUUCCUAUUUCUGUACCUGCCCUAAAGGAUAUGCCCUCCUAUCAGACAGGAAGACAUGUCGAGAGAUCAUACCAUGUGAAGGCAAUAUGACAAAGUGUGGCCAUGGAUGCCUGGCAACAGAAAAUGGUUCCGUCUGUGUUUGCCCUGAGGGAUCUAUACUGCAGGAGGACGGACAAGUCUGUACUGGCUGCUCAUCUACAGACAGAGGAGGUUGCAGUCAGCUCUGCACUCUUGUCACUCCUAGUAGGUGGCAGUGUGACUGUCAGCCUGGCUACCAGCUCCACCAAGAUGGCAAACGCUGCAUUGCAUCCGGACCUCCACCUUAUCUACUAGUUGCCAAUCUAGUAGAUGUACGAAGAAUUAACCCUGAUGGCACCGGGGAUCAAACGUUGGUGGAGGAGCCCAAAGGAACCAUCUUAGCUUUGGACUAUGAUCCUGUUCUGAACAGUGUGUACUUUGCUAGUACCAGCCAGAAGACAAUUGAGCGAGUGGAUUUGAACAACAGGCUAAGAGACGUUCUUGUCUCAGAUGGUUUGGACUCCCCAGAAGGACUGGCAGUUGAUUGGGUCCACCGCAAGAUGUACUGGACAGAUAAAAGCCGGUCAACUGUUGACUGGAGUACAUUAGUUGGACUGUACAAAGAAACUGUUGUGAGCAAAGGGCUGGAAAAACCACGAGGAAUUGCAGUUCAUCCUCUGGCAAAGAAGUUAUUCUGGACUGAUAUUGGCUCUCAGCCUGUGGUGGAGCGAGCCUCUUUGGAAGGGAGCGAGCGCACCAUCAUUGCUAGCACCAACCUUGUGUCACCCACUGGCCUGACCAUCGAUUUCACAGAAGAUCGUCUCUUCUGGUGCGACCAGAGGAGGGGCCUGAUAGAGACUGCUGCUCUGGAUGGUUCAGAUCGACGGGUCCUGUUAGAGAACCAAGUAGGUCGACCUUUUGACCUCGCAGUGUUUGAAGACAGGCUCUGGAUCUCUGAUCAGGAGCACCAGCAGCUCAGGAGUGUACACAAACGGACUGGGAAGAAACUGCAAAGAAUCCAUGGCAGCAUGGUCCAACCAGCAUCCAUUGUGGUGGUUCACCCCCUCGCUAAACCAGGUGCAAAUGUCUGUCUUCAUCUAAAUGGAGGCUGUGCUCAGGUGUGUGAAAACAAACUGGGAUUCGCCCACUGCCCCUGUCUGCCAAACUACAUCCUAUCAGCUGAUGGAAAAAGUUGCUUACCUGCCGAUGCUUCAACUGGAACAACAGAAUCUGGAGACAGUGGUUUAAAAUCCCUCAAAAAUAAAACAUUUAAUGAUGCAAGUACACCACGAACAACAACACCUGGGCUGUCAGCUGAUAAAGGGAAUGCAGAUUUCCACUCUGAUGGAGGCAGUGACUCAACUCUCUUCACAGACAAGAUGAUUUCAGACCAGAAUGAGUGUUACUCACUUCGCUGUGAUGUGAAUGCACAGUGCCUGCUAAAUGCUGGCAAGCCCAAGUGUUUGUGUCUAGAAGGCUUUACAGGUGAUGGACAGUUAUGUGUAGAUAUUGAUGAGUGCAAACUGGGAGUGCACAAUUGUGACAAAACCGCAGAAUGUCAAAACACUGCAGGGAAAUUUCUCUGCAAGUGCCAGGCUGGAUACUAUGGAAAUGGGCAGACAUGUCAAGCGUUGGCGACUACAUCACCGUGGGUAACGCCUAUUAGCCCUGUUGACGUAACCACCAAACACCACAACAGCAACACAGUACAGAGCUGUCCCUCCACACAUGAGACGUACUGUCUGUACCAGGGUGAAUGCUUCUACUUACCUGAAAUGAAGUCCUACGCUUGCAAUUGUGUAUCGGGCUACAUGGGGGAGCGCUGUCAGUUCAGUGACCUGGAAUGGUUGGAGCUUCAGCGGGCAGAGAAGGAGAAGAGGAGGAAUGUAGUCAUUGCAGCCUGCAUGGUGGUCCUCGUUUCCCUGCUCUCCAUCACUGCCUGUGUCACCUACUGCUAUGGCACAAGAAGAAUCUUCCACAAACAGCCUUCAGUGGAUAACGUGAGUGAGACCAGCGUGACAGAUGAGAGCACAUCAGAGACCACCACUACAAGUGUUCCUCGGUUCUACAUGGUGGUAGAAAAUGGCGUGGAAGGAAACAUCCCUGCCAUGGGUUGUCCCAGAAGAGAUGUGUGUCCAUCCUGCUCUUCAGAAACAGGCACCAGCCCUGUAUCUGAAGACUCAGACACGCUGUCCAAACACAACAGAGGGUAUGAGUGUUCAAUGGUGUCAGCUGCUGCCAUGGAGACCACACAACCCACUGCCCAUCACUCAAAUCCAUCACUGUCAAGACCAUAUACUUGUUUGUCUUUCAAACCAACACCGCUCCCCCAGACUCCAAACCCAGAGUCAACUUCGUCUUAGCUCAAUGGAAACACCAACACAGCUGUACAGUUCACCGUACAGUACUGUAACAUCCACUAUCAAGCUUGUGUCAAGUAUUUGGUAGAGCAAAAGGAAAGUACAGUUAACUUGCAAACUUUAGUACAUUGUAAGAAUAUAAAACUGCAAUCUCUCUCCUAAAAUUUUACUUCCAAUUACAACUUUGUAAUAUACGCUGGGUAUGAUGGAGCUAUAUUUUGGUAUUCUAUAUCAUUUUACAAAAUAUGGAAUUUGGAAAGAAACUGUUUUUAUAAUAAACACUUGGGGUCUGACGGUACACAAGAAUGAGUACAGAGGAGAAACAAAAGAGUUAAAGCAAAACCAGUUAAGCCACUGAAAUGCUGCAUAUAGACAAUAAGAAAAGGCCGCGUUUCCUCUCAAGUAUAAACUGAACAGAAAAUGCCCAUGAAGAUAUAUGCAACAUAUUCAGCAAUAUCUUUAAUCAACUAUUAAAGUGGGCAGUGUAGCUUUAACUUCAAAACCCCACAAGCCAGUCAACAGUGAAGAAACAGCCGUCUCAUUUAAACAGAAGAUGACCGUAUUCACCUCCACCUAAUGGCUGGUCGACUGACCCAAACAGAGUGAGCAGAGUAGUUGUAGGUUCUGGUCAUGCAUGAAGGCUAAUUAAAAUGUCUACUGAGAGAUUUGUACAACAUUUGCCUAAUUUUCAAGGCCAUUCAAGGCUCCCGUUGGCACACUACAGCUGAUAGACAACAACCAUUGUGUUGAAAGUCUCAUCCCGAACCAAAUGUCACACAUCACAUGGUCUGGGAUGAACUCAGAAACUGGUGCUAAUUACUGUACAGGAGCUGGCAACAAAAUGCUCCAUAAAACACACAUUUACAGUCUUUCCUAUAAACUUAUAAAAUAGAUGUAUAUUAUCAUGUAUGAUAUUAUCAAAGCUCCUUUAUACUCAAAUUCACAUAUACUCAAGGUGAACAGAGAACAACAUCCAUUUCUAGCUUUUGAAGAGAAUCAGAAGAAUCAGUGCUUGCCAUUAAGUUGCUAUUGGCCCUCUUAUAUCAGUUUAGCCUAGAUACCAGAACCUUAACAUACAUUUCUAUUUUUGCCAUGUUCUAGCCACUGAAAUUUGCUUUGCUCAGGAUGUGGUUAUUAGCUAAGAAAGUUGGACACCACUCCAGGGUGUUUUUAUGUAUUUUACUGUGUAUCAAAUGUGUAUGAUUUGUGUCUCUAAAAGCCCAAGAUAACAUCCUCAAAUAUCUUCUUUUGUACAAAAUCUAAAGAUAUUCAAUUUACUAUCAUAGAGGAGAAAAGAAACCAGAAAAUACUUACAUUUCAGAGCCUGAAAUCAGACAAAUUUGACUGUUUUGUUGAAAGCAAUACAUAAACUGAUUAAACAUUUAUCAAAAUAGUUGCUGAUUAACUUAACAUUUGACAAAUAAUCAGUUAAUUGAUUAUUCGAUUAAUCAUUGCAACUCUAUUUAGAAUUUGUUUGUCAAAUAUCUGGACAUCCUCAACUUCCAGAGCAAAAACUGAACUACUUACUUGUGUUAUAGUAAAGGGACAUGUUUUUGUUGUUUGGAAAUGUAUUUCCGUAUUUGUUAUAUAUUUUAGAUGCUAACAUGAAAGAGGUUUUAUUUUCAAGUAUUUUGACCUUCAAGGAGGUGCUUUGACUGGUGCAGUGGAGCAGAUGCACAUUGGUGGUGAUUUAAAACUUUAAGAUUUGAGUUUGUGGUCCAUCUUGCCAACCAAGUCAAAUUAACAAAGUGAUAUGUAAACACUACAAACAUAGAAAAUGCACCACAGUAUACAGUGUAUUCCCAUGAUAACAUUUAUCCAAGCACAAUUUCAAUGUCAGUCAAUCACUAAAUUUUCCAAAACAGUGAUCUGUUAGCAAAUUUUAUGCUUCAUUUUGAUAAAUCUAAGUGUACCUUUGUCAGAGUUCUACUAAGAUUUAUGCUUUUGGAGGUAAGAUGAGGAUAAACUGAGGUGGCACGCUGAUUAAUUUCUGACUUAUUAAUUGUCUCUUAGUUUGAAAAGGGAGGACAUCUUCAAAUUGAUUUCCAUUAAACAUCUUUGCAGCAUAAGUCUUGGUCUUUAUUUGGACAGAACACAUGGCAUUUUGUUCACACUAUACUCAACUCUGAUUAUAUAUUAUUUUUAGCAUGUGUGGGCUGUAACUGGAAUCAGAAACUUGCAAGAUGAAGCUUGUUUUUAUUUUCAUCAAUAAAAUCGUAUUUAC